AUGACGCUUCCAGCGCCAGUUAUGUCCAAGCAGGAAAAUGCGUACUUUAGUGGAUUGGGGGACUCAGCUAAAGACUUCCAGAUCUUCUCUCAUCACCCCCUCUUCAGCCACGAGCCCGUCCUGGGAUCACGUCUAGUCCAACUCUACGACCAGUAUCUCAACAGGAAACACAAUAACCUCACUGGGCACCUCAUUGAGAAGUUGAAAGGGUUAAGAUCUGCACUACAAAAUAUGGUCGAGAUUCACGGAGGGGAAAAUUUGACUGAGGCUGGGCAGAAGAGGAUCUCAGAGUACAACGUGGAGAUCAAUUGCAGGGACACCCAUCAGUUGCGAGACCCUGAACAAGACCAAGACUCUGUUGAAGAAUAUUAUUAAAGUUUGGAAAGACUUGAAAACCCUGAGAGACUUUCAGAAGUUCACCAACACACCAUACAGACUCCAGCUCAGACAAGAGAUAUUAGACCCUGAAAUGGAUGAGCAGAAGUAUGAGAGGGAGAUCAUGGCGGAGGUGAUAGAGUUGGAGUUAGAAGCUGAACAGGAGUAUAAAAGAAAGUGGG